AUGGUAUUUGCUACUUCUCUGCUAACUUAUGUUCAACGACAUGCUGAUGCUGAUGAAGAUGAAGAUGAUGAUGAUGAUGAUGAUGAUGAUGAUGAUGCUGCUUCUGAUGCUGCUGCUGUUGAUGAUGAUGAUUGCUCAACGCCCAGCGAGAACCUUGCACGAUUUGGAAGUGCUACACAAAGUUCCCAAUAUGGUAGUGCUGUACCACAAAAUGCAAUUAACCCACCUAUAUCAAAUGAAUGGGGUUUUACAAAAUGUACACACACAUCGGAUAAUCUAAGUCCAGCUUGGUGGAUGUUCAAUAUUUCGUAUGGAACUGUAUUCAUCACAGAUAUAACUAUAUACUAUAGAGAAAGAUUUGCAAGACGGAUGGAUGGAUUUAAAUUGUAUAUAUCUAAUACAUCUAACACUCAUCCUUCUGCCUCUGACCUCUGCCACCAAGAUCCUCCAGGUUAUCCUUAUCCAAAUAUCACUCAAACUAUUUCAUGCAAUCAACUUGGACAAUAUGUCAUUUAUUAUGAUGACGUACAGGGACCAGGGGACAAAGGAAGUAUUAUUGAACUAUGUUAUGUUUCCAUUAAUGGUUGUAAGAAGAAUUAUUGGGGAAGUAACUGCAUUAAUUCUUGUACAGAAACAUGUAUAGACCAACAUUGCUAUCCUGGAAAUGGUUCGUGUAUCUGGGGAUAUAACAUAGCAACAAACGCUUUAGUAUCACGGAAUCCUCUUGGUACGAAACCGGCAAAUCUAGCUACGGAUGGAGAUAAAACAACAUGUUCUAAAACACAGGGAACUGACGUAUGGUUUCAGGUUGACAUGACAGAAAUAAGAAUUGUUACAGAAUUAUAUCUGACAGGCAAAGGAUGUCCGUCUACACAGUAUGGUCCACUUUGUAAAAGAACAUGUCCAGCAAAAUGUCUUGGACCGUGUGACCUUGAUACAGGACGAUGCUUAUUUGGCUGUGCAAAUGGAUGGAUUGGUGAAAAAUGUGAUCAGGAUCAUUUAACGAACGGUUACAGAAGUAGCUACCGUUAA